GAGAGCGCAGCGCCAGGUGGAGGUGGAGGAGGUGGAGAGAAGAGAAACCAAAGAUGAUCGAGUAAAACAAAAUGGAUCCAGCCAAGAACAGCCUCUCCAGAGCUCCUCUCCUAAACGGAGGAGUGAACGGCUCUUCUGUGGACGAGGGGGCGGAGCCGUGGACGGAGGGGGACAGGCAGAGGGACGGUGAAGUGAGAGAGACCCCAGGGGACGCGUCUCCUGCUCCUGUAGAACCCACACUGCACCACCGGGGGUCAGCGGAGAGCCACAAGAAGUUCUACAGCUACCAGAGGCGAACCAAGCAGAAGGUGGUGACGGACUUUGCCACCGUGAGCAAAGGGACGUCUGCAACAACCAAACCCCGAGCAGCUCUGAGACAAGUCCUGUUCAAUCAGUCUGAGAAGAACCCGGCUCCAGAGACGCCCGGGCAGCUGGAUCUGCUGAAGCAAAGUCUGGAGGCGUUCACUGUCCCUGUGAGUCUGAGGUGGAGAUGGGCCGAAGAAAACCACGGGACGUCUCUGGAGAGUAACUGGACCGACAUCGUGCACUCACAUUCAUUAAUGACAAAGACUCAGAGGAAUCAACAGGAUGCAUUGUGGGAGUUUGUGUCCACGGAGCUCAUCUACAUUAACAAACUCCUGGUGAUCAGACAUCUCGUUCUGGAGUCACUUCUACACCUGCAAAAAAAUGGAUUUCUCUUAGAGGUGACCCCUCAGCUCCUCUUCUCAAACUUGCCCUCCAUCAUCGGCGCUCAUCAGCUGUUCUGGCAGGAAGUCCUGUACCCCAUGUUACAGGAAGUGCGGAGGACCGGCGCGCCCUUUGACCCCAUGCGAUUAGAGGCUGGAUGUCUGCAGUUUCGGAAGCGCUUCUCUUCGUACAAGCACUACUGCUGGGAGGAGGAGAGCACGCAGGAGUUCGCACGCAGACUGCAGGAAAGCAACCCACAGUUCCACACUUAUGUCCAGUGGAUCGAGACUCAUCCUCAGACGGAGCGGAUGCGUCUGGGCGACAUGCAGGCCAAACCUCACCAGAGGAUCACCAAAUACCCCCUUCUGCUCGGGGCGGUGCUGAAGAACACGUCACAGCCCAGAGUCCAGCAAACGCUCCGAGCCAUGCUGUCGACCGUGAUCCGUUUCCUGGAAAGUAUCAACGACUACAUGAGGUUUAAAGACGAGGAGCUGGCCCUGUCCAUCUCGGCCGAGCGGGUGGAGGGAUACGAGGUGGAGGGAAUUAAUGAAGAAAUCGACAAGCGUGUGCGUGAGGUCAGUACGUUCGACCUGACGUGUCCUGUGAGCGGAGUGGGGCCAGGGGUCCUCAGGAGACUGCUGCUGGAGGAGAACCUCAAGAUCAGGGGCCGCAAGGACAGUAAAAUGGAGAUUGUGGCUCUUCUGUUUUCUGACGUGCUGCUCAUGACUAAAGCUCAGAAGAAAGGCGAGCGUCUGAAGGUGAUCCGUCCUCCUCUGGCGCUGGACAGGACGCGCUGCAUCGCCCUGAAAGACGGAUGUUCUUUCGUCCUGGUGGAGGUCGGGGAGCUGCUCAGCGUCAUGAACGUUUACAUCUUUGUGACAGGCACCGCCCACAGCUGCUCCACCUGGGUCUCCACCAUCCAACAGGCAAAGGAAACUCUGAGGGACAUGCGGGACAGAGAGCAGAGCAGACAGAUGGACAAGUGGAGGCUGCUGCAGCUGUCCAAGUCUCAGAGCGACGUCAAUGGUGACGAAGCAGAGACAGAAGCUCCGCCCACCACUCCAUCUGAGCACGACGCGUCUGAGGAGAAUCAGGAAAUCACUGAACCUAAAACACUGAAUGGCCCACAGCGCCCUCAGGUGGUGAACGGCCCACAGUCUCCACAGACAGUGAACGGCCCACAGCGCCCUCAGGUGGUGAACGGCCCACAAUCCCCACAGACAGUGAACGGCCCACAGCGCCUUCAGGUGGCGACUGGUCUUUGGUCUCCUCAGACAGAAAAGACUUUGGAAUACAUUCUGCCGUUCAGGCAGGGCUCUCGCCCUCACCCAGCCCUUCAGCGUAAAUCCGUCCGUAAGACGCUCCCGGCUCGGCAGCCGGUGACUCCAGGAUAUGAGUUUAUUGAAAUGGAAGUGAGGAGUCCAGGGUUUAGGGCGAACAGCGAGAGCCGUCUGCAGGAGACGUCAUGUGGAGUAGAGACUCAGAGCAUGAACGGCAAAAAGGUGCAGUCUGUUCCUGAUCUGGAGCGACAUUUCCUCUUUGACACAACACAAACUCACAACACGAGACCACACAACCCGCUGCCGGGAGGGCAUCCGGACGUUGACCCUGCACUAAACAGCACUUUACAGAACACAGACUCAUUAGGAGCCGCCUGGAAAAGAGCGAGUGAGGUCUUAUCCAGAAGGAGGCCCUCAGACCCUUUGCCUGCGGCUCUGUCGGACACUACUGACCCCUCAGAGGGCAAAGGGUUCCCCAAAGAUCUGCGCUCCCCUGGUCUGAGGAGGAGGAGGCCCCUGAGCACCCAGGGCCUGCCCCAAUCAGGCAAACCCCCCCUGCACAGGGCAGCACACAGCUGGUCUGCGUCCAACAACUCCUCCUCAGACUCCGACAGCAGUAUCCCAGCAAAGAGGAACUCAGUUCCCUCUGAUAAGAACUCUUUUCGGGUCCUCACCUUGAACUCCCUGAAGCCAAACCAGGGCAUGUUUUGGGCCAUGUUGAACGACACGGCCUCUGAGCCGGAGCUCCCAGAGCUGAACCAGCACAACAAAAGAGCCAAGACCAAGACUCAACGCAGCGCUUCCAUCCCCAACAUGGUCCUCCAGGACAAGAGCCUCCAGGACAAGAGCCUCCAGAGGUCCUCAGGGAACAUGACCCUGCCCUCCCCCUCUCCACUGCAGGGGCUGCUGGACCGGGCCAAAGAGAGGGACAGAGACUCCGUGAGGCGGGACGGCAAAGCGCUCCUGUUAAGACCUAAGGUUCCCCCCUCUCCCUCCAUCUCCACCACAUCCUCGACCUCACCCAGUGAAGCGGAGCGAGAGAGCGAGUGGGAGGAGGUGGAGCUGCUGAGGCACCGGGUCCUGAGCGUGAGUCAGGGCUGGAGAGAGCAGCUGGUGGACGGGGACGAGGACGACCUGAGGAACAGCGCGAUGUUCUCAGACGGUGUGAACGUGGACUGGCCCGGCUGGUGCUUUGAUGAUGAGGAGGUGAUGGAUCAUUUAACGCCUGGAGGAGAGAGUUUAAUGGAGGGAAUCAACAAGAGCCUGCACUUUUGGGACCUACAAGAAGAAAUGUCCGAGCAAGAGGACGGGGAGUGUAGUCAAGUCUGAACACUGCCCAGGUUCAAGAUGGAACAAACUAUGGAACAUUAAGCUCUCUCGCCCCAAAACAAGAAGGUGCAAGGUCCCAGGUCUCAGGUCUCAGGUCCCAGGUCUCAGGUCUCAGGUCCCAGGUCCCAGGUCCCAGGUCCCAGGUCCCGGGUCGCUGCUCUCUGACACCCGCUGCUCCUCAAGGACGGGUCAAAUGCAGAGGACACAUAAAGUUUACCUUGACUUUAACCAUGGAUCAGACACAUUGAGGGUUGACAAUCAAAAUGGAGUCAGUGAUGUUCAGGUAACUAUGAUUCAAAAAUAAAAAUGACUUGUGUGACGUUUAAAUGAGGGAGGUAUAAUCCAGACUCCAUCUGUUCACAGAGGUGGAACAUAACGAAGUAAAAGUAGUAAAGUACUGCACUUAAGUAUGACGACGAAGAUGAUUGUUUUAUUUUUGGUUAGUAUUUUUUUAAUAAUUUACAUAAUUUUCAACUUAUAAAUGCAUUUUUUAACCAAAACAAAAGGAAAAGGCUGAAGAAAUACUUAUAUACAAGCCUGUCCUAUAAAUGUUUUGUAUCUGCACUUUAUUUUAAAUACAGAUACAAAAGUCGCACCAGCCAAAAAAUGCAUAAUAAUGAAGAAAAAAAAACAUAUAUUUCACAUAUAAGUCGCAUCUGAGUAUAAGUCGCACCCCUGGACAAACUAUGAAAAAGUGUGACAACAGAAGCUUUCAUCUACAGAAUUUUUUUAUUUUUCUUUUUAAACUGACACUUGUGACUUUUGAUUCUCUGCCCUUGGUGUUUCUAAAUCAUAAUCCAGACAAAUAUGUCUUGUAAAUAUGAAAUAUAGCAUCAGAUUUAUCAGCAACUGUGUAAAAUAUUUGUAAAAUAACUGUAAAAUGUAAAAAUGUGUAUUUUUUAAUUAAAUGGACAAUUUGGACCUGUCAGUAUUUU